AUGGAUACUCUUCACGAAGCCUUCUUUUCCAUCUUUAUGAUCGUGUGGGGUUAUUUAAUGAUUUAUAAUGUCGGUUCUAUCUUGAGAAAGUCAGCGGCGAGGUUUAGCCUGUUGCGCUUCUGGUCGCUCAUUCCACUAUCGUUGUAUGGUCCUCUUGUUGUCCUUAAUCCAUGGUGGCGACUGGGUCAUCUGGAUAGAGGGCGUCAAUUCCUUGGUAUAUGGCUUGUGCUAUGGCCACUUGUCAGCUCAAUUAUUGCUAUGAGUUGCGAGGCACGAGAAUCCAUGGGUGAAUGGCACUCAUGUCAACGAAGUCGAGGGCCAUUUUACAUAUUAUGUGUCGACUUGGCCAUCAUGUUCUUCUUGAUUGUCGAAUCUUGUCGAUAUCCAAUUCCUACAGGGACAAAAGAUUGGACAUUUGGCGGAGGAUUGGGUAAGAUUAUGGGGAUAUUUGUCAUUAUCCUUCUUGCCUCACAAGAUGCUUUAAUAUUUCCUAUCGCUGCGUUCCCUCGCUACGUCUCUGCGCCUGCGAUCAUAAUCUGCAGGUUUUUCCAACCAGCAAAGAAUAAGCCGCGAGUCGCCAAAUGGGCUUUUCACUUUGAAGAACUGUUACUUCAAGCGCGAAACGACAAGGUGAAAGCUUUGGCGACAAUGGUGCGACAUGAUAAUAUUGUUGGGCUACUCGCAAGUCAUCUACACUACGAUGAUAUCAUCAACCUCUCACUGACAUCAAAACUGAUGCGCACGUCGAUGUUUUAUCCGACCUUGGAGGAUUCUCAUCGUCGAAAUCGCGCAGAGUUACUAUGUGUUUCCUCAUGCAUUGAUGGACUGAAAAACGAGUGCUGGGGCUGCGACCGCGUGAUAUGUGAUGAAUGCACACAUCACAGGUCAGACAUCCAAUCUUCCCGGGUCAAAGACCAUUUCUCCAACUGCUACGCUGUCUGCACAUACUGCUAUCUGAUGGCCGCUCCUGGAGGCGCCGCACCCUUCCAAGCUAAACGAAAUAUGCAGGACCUAGAACUUCAGCAUAUAAACUGCUGCGCGUUCCAGAAGCCAUUGCUAGUGGAAGAGGACGUUUCAUUAUAUAUCAGCUAUCACGGCGAUGAGGGAAGCAAGGGACGAGUUCUAUUUAAGCAAGACGCUACCAAGGAGUGUCGAAUGCGCGAUUUGUAUAAAGACUUUAUCGACAAGUACGUCUAG